AUGAAGCUCCUCUAUCUCGGUAUCCUCCAAAAUGCCCAAGCUCCCGCCGUGGAGCUCUGCGCCGAGCGCGACCUCAGCAGCUACUCGCGCUUCACCAAGGGCAGCAUCAGCGAGUUCAUGACCAUGUUCAGCAAGACCGUCGCCGAACGGACGAAACAGGGCCAGAGACAGGACAUUCAAGAGCAAGAUUUCACAUUCCACGUCUACGCACGAAGCCAAGGCCUUGUGGGUGUCAUCAUCAGCGACAAUGAAUACCCCUCCUUGGCCGCUCACCAGAUCCUCUCCAAGAUGCUCGACGAGUUCGUCUCGCUGAACCCGAACGCCGGCUCCGCCCGUGAUCCCGUGCCCUUCCCCUCCCUCAAGACGUACAUCCAGGCCUACCAGGACCCACACCAGGUGGAUAGUAUCCUGAAGAUUCAGAAGGAGCUGGACGAGACCAAGAUCGUCCUGCACAAGACCAUCGAAAGUGUCCUCGAGCGCGGGGAGAAGAUCGAUGAUCUCGUGUCCAAGUCGGAGGGCCUCAGUGCCCAGUCGAAGAUGUUCUACACCUCUGCGAAGAAGCAGAAUUCGUGCUGCGUGAUUAUGUGAGCGUUGCGCCGACCGACGCAUCGACAAGACCGGGUGGAGGCUUUUGUGUGAGAUUCAAGGUCCGUUUUGUGGAUUAUUUGGAAGCGUUCAGUUGCUACAGGCAUUCGUUGAUGGUUCGUGACCAGCUGCUGGGAUUGUGGGACAUGCAGGACAGGUUUGAUUUACAGUAGAUAAACGUAGCCCGAGGGCAAUGCAGUGGCUUGAUGACUGAAAUGAUCUCACCGUAGCGACCCGACACUCAACCCGGUGGCCUCGUCGGUUGAACUCGUUGCGCAGUGGAGCCGGAGGGGACCAUCGCAUCGAUGCUUAUCUAUGCUCGGGGUCCGGGCGGAUGAUUGGUCCAACCGAUGGAGGGGAAGGCCAGGUGUAAGUAUUAGACUUAUUUAUUGCAAAUCAUGG